AUGUCCUCACGAAAGAGACGCGCUCCGGGUGCAUCGCCGCAGCUAUCGCAACCCCAGAACAACUCCAUGUUUACUCAGCAAGAUGCGGAUCAGUUUAUGAACAACUGGGUGGAUCCUUCUGCGGGAGCUGAUAUAACGCCCGCAUUCGGCGAUCCAUCUCUCUACGACUUUUCAGGCAUGGGAACAAGCUCUGGCCCAUCUUCUCAUAAUCGCAUAGUGUCGUUGGAUGGCCUAGAUAACAGCACGGCCACGGACUCAGCCUUCACGGGACAACUUGUCCGACGAAACCCAAAUCAACAGAUUGCCGCGCGAGGGCGAACACCAUGGGACAACUUCAACAACGCGAAUCCUGGGCAGUGGGAGGGUGCGGAAGAGGAAGACGACGACGAACUGGAACAAAAGGCUCUUCUGGCGCGGAAAGAUGCUCAAACUAAGCGAAAGCAAAUUCCGCCAUUUGUCCAGAAAUUGAGCAGCUUUCUUGACAACAACAAGAACACAAAUCUUAUCCGAUGGUCUGAUGACGGUAACUCAUUUAUCGUGCUGGAUGAGGAUGAAUUCGCCAGAACCCUCAUCCCAGAACUCUUCAAGCACAACAACUAUGCCUCUUUCGUUCGGCAGCUCAAUAUGUAUGGCUUCCACAAGAAAGUAGGCCUGUCCGACAAUUCUAUGAAGGCUAGUGAAGCGAAGGCCAAAGCGCCUAGCGAAUACUACAACAAAUACUUCAAGCGUGGCCGAUCUGAAUUGCUUUGGCUCAUUCAGAAACCUAAGAAUCCGUCCGGAGCGCCGAAACGGAAGCGAGAAGAUGAAGGCAAACAAGGAGACAGCGACGACGAGCGCAAAUUCACACAAGAUCCUGGCGUUGCCUACGGCGAGGACGGGCUCACACUUAGGAACAAUCAAGAUAUGGCCUUGAUACCGAGGGCGGAGUACAACAGCUUGAGGAGCGAGGUCCGCACACUGCAGCAACAGCAGAAGGUGAUAUCGAAUGUCCUGGCGCAAAUCAGACGGCAGAAUGAUCAGCUGUACCAACAAGCCACGGCAUUCCAGACUCUCCAUGAUCGGCAUGAGAACUCCAUAAAUGCAAUCCUCACCUUCCUGGCUACCUUCUACAACCGGACGUUGGAAGGCAAUAACAAUGGCCCCAAUCUUGCGGAUAUCUUUGGCCCCUCAAUGGCACCGCAGCAGUCUCAUGGUAGUGUCGUGGACGUGGGGGACUACCCGGAACCCACUAUCGACAAAUCUCCCCAAAUGCCGCGACCACCUAGACGUCCUCUUGCCCUGCUACCUGCGCCGAUGGUCAAGGAAUCCAUGACCCCAACAGACCGAGCUGCCACUAUCAGUCCUUCCAAUCGGCCUACGCCGAACAUCAAUGUUCCAAAAACUGCAGCACGGCAGACUGCAACGCGAUCGCCGGUUCCACCACCACAAACCAUCAAUCAGCAACAGACUAAAAAUGCAAGCAAUGUUACCCAACCCUCGCCUCCUUUCUUGAAAGUGGAGACCGAGUCGCCCACUCCAAAUCUUGGGCAAGUACCGGAGAAUGAUGAGAUCAUGUCUGCCAUUCAGAAUGCAAAUGCAAAUGCCAGCCAAUCGGCCAGCCAGACGCCUCAAUUCGAUUUCCCAGCGGCACUUGCCAAUUACCAAGCUCAAGAUGGACAUGUUCCCUUGACCCAACAACAACGGAACGAUGUCUUGUCUAUGAUGGCCAACAAUGCAUCGGCCGCUUCUCCUAACUCGACGCUUGCCCAGAAUUCGAACAAUGCGAUGGUUUCGCCUCAACCCCCAGCCAUGCCUGAUCUUAGUCAAUUUGAAGCUACCCAGCAGCAACUUGACCUUCUCCAAAAGAUGUCCGAGGAGCAAGGGUCGCGUGUGCAAAGUCUACAGGAGCGCCUGCAGCCGCUGUCACCCAGCGGGUCAAUCCCUGGCCUGGAUGGUGGAUACUUCAAUAGUGCUGUAGGCGACCCAGGGCAAUUCGACCUGGACCUCGAUCCUUUCAUCCCCAAUGAGGACUACAUGACAUCGAAUGCGCACAAUGGCGACAAUAUCAAUGCCCCUGAUCUCGACAUUCCUGAUCUUUACAACCAACUUGAUAGUGCUGCUUCAGGCAUUGACGUUCCAGGAGCGAAUGAGGACCUCUUGGGUUUCGACGAGGCCACGCGGAACCGCGUGGAAAGUGUGAGCUCAUCUGCGGCGUCUCCUGCAGUGACAGUAGAAGAUGCUGACGACGAUAAUGGCAGGAGUCCGAAACGGAGGAGGAGGUAA